GCUCUUUAAAGCUUCAUUAUUCUCUUUAUAUACAACUAGAUGAUCCUUCACAUAUAAUGAAAACAUCUAAAACCUUUUCUCUAUAAAUAAACAUUUCUCUUUUCUUCACGAACCACUAAAAUCAAGAAAACCAAAUCCAACACUUCACACCGAAAAAAGAAUGACUACAAAACUCAAUCUCCUCUUCACGAUUUUGCUUCUCACACUUACACUCUCCCACUCACGCCCGAUCCGAUCCGGAUCAUCAACCGGAUCCUACUCGGAUCAGCUAAAGAAACACUCCAAAGGUAAUAACAACAAGAAUGACAAGGGCUAUGGAUCAUCAGGAGGCUACUUCGGACCAGGAACCGAACCAGGAACUGGUUUUGGUUUACCGGGUUUCAACGGCAAAGAUUGGGGAAACAUGGGUGGAGGAUACGGUGGUGGUUACGGCGGACCUAGUGGUGGAUAUAGCCAAGGAGGUGUGGUGAGACCAACGGUGGUUUGUAAAGAGAAAGGUCAUUGUUACAUGAAGAAGCUGACCUGUCCUGCUAAGUGUUUCAAGUCUUUUAGCCGUUCCGGAAAAGGAUACGGUGGUGGUGGUGGAGGCGGUGGUUGCACCUUUGAUUGUAAGAAGAAGUGUGUGGCUUAUUGUUGAAAAUGUGAAUCUCGUGGUAAAUGUUUAUUUAUAUAAAAUAUAUUUAUAGUAUAUAGUCUUUUCAAUCUUUCUUGAUUUGGUAUGUUUUGAGUUAUCUUACAAUAAAUGAUAUAUCAUAUGGUUUGGUUAAUU